AUGUCAAGCGACGACCAAUCCAGGCUGGGUUCGGCGUCCGUCACGUUUCCGCGGGGCGGAAGUGGGCGGGGCGAGUACCAAGGCGCGUCUCUUGAGUGCAUUCCAGGACAACGCGUCAUUCGUGGGAAGAGUAACCACACAGAAGUGAGAAGUCCUGGGGAAAUGUCAGGUGAAGUGCUUGUUCAGUGUGGCCGGCUAGCCGAGUCUGACAAUGACGCACAGAAAACCCCAAAAAUAAAGGCCCCAGAACCCCCAGAGAAGACCCUGCGACGCAUCUUUGGGACCAGCCACGUGUUCUAUAGCAACGAUGUUAUGAAACCAAGGACGGCAGGGUCAACAGUGCCUAUCAAAGUCAAGGAAUACUAUCACCAAGGCCAUAAUUGCCUAGAACAUGAGGACUGGGAGAUGGCUGUGCUGUUCUUCUCCCGUGCCCUCCACCUGGACCCCACACUGGUAGACUUCUAUGUUUUCCGUGCCGAGGCCUUCAUCCAGCUCUGUGACUUCUCCUCGGCCCUGCAGAACCUGCGCAGGGCUUUCUCCUACGAGCCAGAGAAUGACAAAUACCUGGAGCGGCUGGCCUUUAUACUCUACCUACAGGGCCAGUGCCUGUAUGACCUGUGUGACUUCCAGGAAGCCCUCUAUGUCUUCCUGCAAGCCUCUGACCUCCAGCCCAAGAACAGUUCCUUCAGUUACCGAUGCAUAGCCUGCCUGCUUGCCCUCGAGCGACAUCAGGACUGCCUCACCCUCAUCACCAGGGAGGUGAAGCAGGGCAGGGCCAGUGCUGAUAUCUACAUCCUCAGGGCCCGGAUCUACAACUUCUUCCAGAAGCCCACGCUCUGCUAUCGGGACCUUCGAAGUGCCUUGUUGUUGGAUCCCAAGCACCCAGAGGCCAAACAGCUCCUCCAGAUGAUGGUAGACCAAGCCAAGCAGUCUCUCCAAGAUGCCAGCAUCCUGGCUGUGCAGGGCAAGCUGCUCCGCGCACUCAAGUGUAUCACCUGUGCCAUUGAGCACAACCCCCUGGACCCCAACCUCUUCCUCUUCCGGGGUACCUUGUAUAGACGGCUCCAGCAAUUCGAACCAGCUGUGGAAGACUUCUUGAAGGCGCUGGACAUGGUGACUGACAGUCGGGACAACCUAGUACAGCAGGCACAGCGCCAGCUGCUGCUGACAUACAACGACUUUGCUGUGCACUGCUACACCCAGGGCGCCUAUCAGGAAGGUGUGCUGCUGCUGAACAAGGCGAUCAGGGACGAGCAGAAGGAGAAGGGCCUGUACAUCAACCGUGGGGAUUGCUUCUUCCAGCUGGGCAACCUGUGCUACGCGGAGGCAGAUUACAAGCAAGCACUGGCUCUGAGCCCACAGGAUGAAGGAGCCAAUUUGCGCAUGGGUGUGCUGCAGGAGAAGAUGGGCUUCCUUGAGCAGAAGCACAGGCAGUUCCAGACAGCAGAGGACCACUUCUCAGUAGCCAUAAAGCACAACCCCGAGAAAGCCCAGUACUACCUGCACCGCGCCAAGAUCAGACAGCUCCUGCAGAACCUUUUGGGGGCCCGCCAGGAUGUUGCCACCGUCCUGCUUCUGAACCCCAACUAUCCAAAGAUGGCCCCAGUGAUAAGCAACCUGUUUCCUGGCAUGACUGUGGAGGACGUGCUUAACAGCCAAGUGGCCCAACUGGCCAAGCUCGAGCUAAGCCGGAUGGUGGGACGCGGUCCCAAGGCCAGCCACCCUCAAAACAUUGUGGUGUAAGCUUGUGUGGACCAGGACCUGUGGUCAGGGGCGGGAGCUGGUGGGGACUCAGAGCUCCUCGGGUCCUGCUGCCUUGUGGGGCCUGCCCUCUCUGGUCUCUGGGGACAGGAGGUCGGAUUCCAGAGAUUGAUCAGGGGCCCUGGGCCCAUGACCUGACAGGCAGCGGUUAAUGGAGCGCCAGAAAGCCCGCACUCUGAUGGAGACCUGGGUGCCAGAACACCCUUUUCCCGAGAUCCCUCAAGAGGAAAUGGCUGCUCUCUAUAUUCUACAGGGAGAUAAGACCCAGCUCAAGAGAGAGGACAAAGAGGUGAGUGGGACUCAUGCUGAAGCCCCUAGAGUCUGAUGUGAGACUGACCUACCUUCAUCUGAGACAGAGAG